GGAGCACCACCACACGAGUGCGAGGUCACAUUGCGAUCCAAAACCAACACCUUCCUUGCCAAAAUUUAUGCCGCACCAACUGAUUGAUACAGUACUACAUGUAGUAGUCGGGUAGUCUAGCUAGUUAGAUCCAUGCACCCACUCACUCAUUCAUUUCCAUUCAAUACAGUACAAUAGUUGACAAUGACAUUCUCCACUGCGGAUAGUAGUAGCAGCCCACAAGCGCCCCCAACGCCUCUACAAGCCGCCAUUCGGCAUCGGUACACCAUGGCCGAAACGCCCGGGAAAAAAGAUUUCGCAUCGUCAACGUCGCGAUCCACCACCAUGAGUUCCUCCAAUCUGACUUCUAUUCGGCGGUUGCAACAACAUCAAGCCCGACAACAACAACAAGCCGUGCCGCCCAUUACGCCAAUCUCUUCCUCCUCGGGAGCGUCUAGCAUUGCCAGUGUCAGCAGUGUGGAAAGUUUGGGAGAUGCCAACAACCGACGAGUCACCUUCUCGUCGCUACUCGAACUGCAACAGCAGCAGCAGCAACAGCAAUCCAAGAGCACUACUACCACUAGUACUAAUAGCAGUACCGCUAGUGGAGCCACACCUACGUCCAUUCUUCGAUCGCCGCCCAUGAGUUAUGUCAGCAAGACGUUGCGCCAACAGAGUGGAACUUUUACUCCCAACUCGGCAUCGUCGCAAACGGCACACACCAUUGCCACGACGGGCACCAGUAGCUUUAGCAUGUCCAGUACGACUCCAUCUCCAACCUCCUUUGCGGUGCCAUCGCCCUAUGGAUCCAUCAUUACGCCGGCUGCGGUUCCGUCCACA